AUGGACGAUAAUUCACAGCCGCAAUGGCCCAAUCUGGAAAUUCUGGAAGUCAUGUUCCACCCGUCGCGGCCUGACGGAUCGUGGUACUUCGUCGGACCUCAAGGCCGCGGCCGCGAGGCUGUCGGUUACGACAUCACCGCUGCCUCGUACCCCCCUCUUGAAACGACCGAGCUCGACAUUGAUAUGGAAGAGCUUGGCAGCAGCGCAGAUGUGCUCUUUGAGGAGAGCCAUCAUUUGGACAUCGCUGAAUUGGUAUCCGAAAUAUGA